CUGGAGAGAAGCAUGUUGUGAAGAAUUAUUUCUACUAUUACCUGUUCCGGUUUUCAGCCGCUUUGGGUCAGGAGGUGUUCUACAUCACGUUUCUCCCAUUCACCCACUGGAAUAUCGACCCUUAUUUGUCCAGAAGAUUGGUCGUGAUAUGGGUUUUGGUGAUGUACAUUGGCCAGGUGGCCAAGGACAUCCUGAAGUGGCCCCGGCCCUCCUCUCCUCCCGUUGUGAAGCUUGAAAAGAGAGUGAUUGCAGAAUACGGAAUGCCAUCCACCCACGCCAUGGCCGCCACCGCCAUUUCCUUCACCCUCCUCAUCUCCACCAUGGACAGGUACCAGUACCCUUUCAUUUUAGGCCUGAUGAUGGCUGUGGUGUUCUCUACGCUGGUGAGUCUCAGCAGACUCUACACAGGGAUGCACACGGUCCUGGAUGUCCUGGGUGGCGUUCUGAUCACGGCGGUCCUCAUCGCCCUGACCUACCCUGCCUGGACCCUCAUCGACUCCCUGGACUCCGCCAGCCCUCUCUUCCCUGUGUGUGUCAUAGUUGUGCCGUUCCUCUUGUGCUACAAUUACCCUGUGUCCGACUACUACAGCCCGACCAGAGCGGACACCACCACCAUCGUGGCUGCGGGGGCUGGAGUGACCCUAGGAUUCUGGAUCAACCACUUCUUCCAGCUCGUGUCCAAGCCCACCCCGUCUCUCCCUGUGAUUCAGAACAUCCCACCCCUUACCACUGACAUGCUGGUUUUAGGUCUGACCAAAUUUAUGGUGGGGAUCAUGUUGAUCCUCUUGGUUCGCCAACUGGUGCAAAACCUCUCUCUGCAAGUGUUAUUCUCAUGGUUCAAGGUGGUUACUAGGAACAAGGAGGCCAGGCGAAGACUAGAGAUUGAAGUCCCUUACAAGUUUGUCACCUACACAUCUGUUGGCAUCUGUGCCACAACCUUUGUACCAAUGUUGCACAGGUUUUUGGGAUUGCUCUGAGCCCAAGACAAGCUGGGAACUAGUCUGCUAAUGCGAGAUGUGAAAUGUGAGAAAGCCGUUGAUUCAGGUAAUCCCAGUGCCUCCUGUUUAAGGAAAUCCUGUCAUAGUUUUAUUUGCUGAUGUGACAUAGAUACUACUGCUGUGGUACCAGCCAUGCGAUUCAUCUGUAAGGACACCAGGCUCAAACCACAGCUGAGGUCUGCAAGACCACCCCUCCCCUUUCUGUUACAUGAACUUAGGA